AUGCACUCUCCGCUAACAGUGGCAAUUUGGGACUUGUUUUUCAAUAUUCGUUCCAAUGAAAUCGAAGACUACUUUUUAGAAGAGUUCAAGGUCCAAGAUGCUAUUUAUUGUACAGAGGAUUUCGUGGAUAAGAUCCGCAGUGAAGCUUUGAAUGACAGGUUGGAUGCUACAUCUCCGACCAAGAAAAGUACGUUGCACAAGAUCCAUUUUAGGCCUAUGUGGAUGAGGAACCUCCCAUUUUGGCCCAAGCAGACACUGGAAGUCAAAAAGGGGAUCCGAAGAGAGGCAAAGAAGAUCGUUGACGAGUUCAAAUCCCUUGAGAUGGAAGGACGUGCACUCCAUUUGCAGUUUGAUGUAUAUUAUCGGGAACUCAGUUAUUCCGAACACCAACGCAAUUUGUGCAACGGCUUGUAUCAAGGGGAUUUGCAGAAUGACAUAGAUCGGGAUCGUGAUGAAGAAGCAAUUAUUGAACUAUUGCUGUCAGAUGAUGGAAGCGGUAAACGGUUGUCUGUGAUUCCUAUAGUGGCCGAGGGUGGCAUGGGAAAGACCACUCUUGCUCGCCGUGUUUAUGACAAUCACAGGGUGAGUGAACAUUUUGACCUCAAGGCCUGGGCUUGGUUUCCAGGAAAAGGUGACUUGUUACAGGCAACAAAAGCAAUCGUUGAGUCGUUCACUUCACAGUCUUGUAAUCUCGGGGAACUAACUUCACUCCAACAUAGACUGUGUGAGAUUCUCAAGAACAAGAAAUUUCUAAUUGUUUUAGAUGAUGUGUUGGUUGAGAAUUAUGACUCGUGGAGUCAGUUGCUAAAUCCUUUUAUAGAUGCUGCUGCAAAGGGAAGUCGUAUUAUUGUAACUACACCCUAUCAAGCGGAUGAGUCAACCAUGCGCACCAAGGGUUACAAUUCUUUUCGUAUCACUGCUUCUUAUUUGAAGCCAUUAUCAGAUGAAGAAUGUUGGUCGAUAUUUGUAAAAUAUGCUUUUGGAGACGAACGCCUUAAUUCAAAUCCAGAACUAGAAUAUAUUUGCAGACAAUUUGUGCGCAAGUGUUCCGGCGUGCCUUUAGCUGUAAGAACACUAGGUGCCCUCUUGUUUAAUAGGCUGGAAGCAAAUAAGAAACUUGGCCAGCUAGUUGAGGGGUGGCGCACUAAACUAGACCAGUUUAUAAGGGAUUAUCGUUCUCCCGACCUUUGGUAUGUAUUAAGACUGUGCUAUGAUAAUCUUCCUCCACGGCUAAAGCGAUGCUUUGCAUAUUGUUCAAUUUUUCCCGAGGGUUAUGAAUUUGAGAAGGAGAAGUUAGUCCUCUUAUGGAUGGCUGAGGGUCUUCUGCCACAGAUUGAAGGCAAUCUCACACCAGAAGAGGAUAAUUCCUCUUCCCAUAUCUCCGAAAGGGCCCGGUACUUGUUACUCUCAGCUGAAAUUCUUGCGAGUGCUUUCUUUUCUCAUUAUGAUAUCACUGAGCUACAUGAUUCAAUUGGUGAUUUGGAACAUUUACGGUACAUGGAUCUCUCUCACACUGCAAUUAGGAGAUUACCUGAAUCAGUUUGUGCACUUCGCAAAUUACAAACAUUGAUAUUGUCACAUUGUCGUACUCUUACUGAAUUGCCUGAAAACAUGUGGAAGCUUUUUGACUUACGCCAUCUUGAUAUCAGUGGAACUGACUUAAAUGAGAUGCCAAAAGAAAUGAGCAGAUUUAAAAAUCUUCAAACACUCUCUGACUUUGUUGUCGGCAAAGAAAGCGGCUCAACAAUUAAAGAGUUGGGGGGGCUUCUGUAUCUUCAUGGAACGCUACGCAUUUCAAAGUUGCAGAACAUGGUCUCUCCGGAAGAUACGUCUGAGGCCAUAUUGAAAGAGAAGGAACUAUUUGAUGAGCUAGUGCUGGAAUGGGGUGAUGACACUGCUGACCGAGAACAUGAUAGAGAGAUGCUUACAAUGCUGGAGCCUCAUAGAAAUUUGAAGAAGCUCAGCGUUAAAUUUGACCAAGGUACAAGCUUUCGAGGUUGGUUGGGGUCCGGGGGAAUAAAGAAUUCCCCAACAUGGAUGUUGGAAUGGGAAGAAUGGAUUUCACUUGAACGUCCUGGUGGAGAAUUCCCUUGCCUGCAAGAGCUUUGCAUACGGAGAUGCCCCAAGCUGAAGGGGAACUUACCCAAGCAAUUUCCUUCUAUAAAAAAAGUUGAAAUUUUUGACUCUCAAGAGCUUGUGAGUACACUUUUGACACUGGUAUCGUCACUCAAAUGGCGUUUACAUUAUCAUGAUAAGAUUUUGUUCAGAAGUGACGAUAAAGCUGUGUCAUUCAUCAAGGAAAGGACUGUCUUUACACAUGAAGGUGCUGCAGAAUCCUCAAUGACCAUAACUCAAGGUGUCACAAAAUCCUCAUUGCCCAACACCUGGUCCAACCAAUAUGGACGGCACGACCUCUCCUCUUCUGAAAUCGUGGAAAUUUCAGAAGAGACGGACUUGCCAAUAAGGCCACAUAGGCACAAACUUGAAGGAAGUUAUGCUCUGGAGGACAUACCUGAAGGAGUGAGGGACACCAAUUUAUAUUAUCACGGUAAUAUGUUGUUGAGAAGUGAUGAAGAAGCUGCAGAAUCCUCAUUGCCCAGUCAGACUCCAAACACUGAUGAUGCUCAUGUUCUGACCGACCAAGAUGGACUUGAAGACCUCUCCUCUCUUGAAAUCAUGGAAGUUUCAGAAAUAUCACAACUGAUGGAAUUGCCAACGGGGCUACAUGGCCUCAAAAUUGAAGGAUGUGAUGCUCUGGAGGACAUACCUGAAGGAAUGAUGGACAACAAGCCUUUUCUCCAACAUUUGUAUAUCUUUGAUUGUUAUUCUCUCAAGUCCUUUCCUGAAAAAAAUCCAAACAUUGCCUUAAAGCUUCUUUAUAUCCAGAACUGCAAGAGAUUAGAUUUUCUCCCACCUUCAUCAAAGACAAACCAGUAUGCUCUUCUUGAACAUUUGUGCAUAGGGAGUAGCUGCGACCCUCUGAGAUCCCUCCCAUUGGGCUUCUUCCCAAAGCUUAGAAGUCUUUCUAUUUGGGAUUGUGCAAAUCUGGAAUCCUUUACAAUGCCAGAGGGAAUUCAGAAAGAUCUCACAUCUCUUGAGGCCUUGGAGAUCAGAGAUUGCCCGAAGCUAGUAUCUUUUCCAAAAGGAGGAUUGCCAACCCCCAACUUGACGUCCAUUUGUCAAUGUUUUUAA